GAAAGCUGUUCAUGCGAAGAGCCUAAAUUCAGCCGGGAAAAAAGAAGGGCUUAACCCCAAACAGUAAGGGCAGCCAUUCACAAGGACAGAUGUUUGGUGCUGUGAGUUGAUGCAACUGUUCUCAAACUUCACAAUGGAUAGAGUUGUCUCGUCCUCAGAAUCAGCAAUGUCUGGAUUCCACUCCACUUGCGAGCUGUUGAUUGUCCAUGCUAGCGAGGCUCAGGAAUGGGCAACAUAUCUGCAGAAAAUCUUGAAGUCUUCACAGAAGUUUCCCAAGAGGUCUAUCGUAUUGUAUGCAGUUGACUGUGCUGAUCAGCUACAUGGAUGUGACUUCAACAUUUUCCAUAAUAGUAAAUGCAUUGUAAUGCUACUGACAGCAGCAAUCCUGGACAUUCUAGAUGACCCUGAAGUCCUAGGAACUUUUCAGAAACUCCUUCACCCUCCACACAGAGUGGUGGCGCUGUUGUGUGGAAUGUCAGAGGAUGACAUAUCCACUGAAUGGUUUGAGGACUGGCAGAGCUGGAGAAAACUGUAUCCUGAAGAUGAACCUGCUCUCUACAUCUCUACCAUUCUAGAAUCCAUUGCUGACAGUAAUACAGAAGAGGCUGAACAUGAUUUGGAAGCUACGGCAAAAACAGAAGCAAAAAUCCCUGUGGUCAAGAACCCCAAAGCUGAGGGGACAGAGGAAGAGUCAGUGACAGAACCAGAGUGUGUCCAGGAUGACAGUGACAAUGUGAGAACAGAGGUCCACCCAAACCAGGCAACGAGCCCCACACAUCCCGCCUGCCUCACUGUACAACCAAACAGAGUACUAUGUGGGGACCAUGCAACUAUUUUCAUUAUCUUUUCAAAUAAACUGGACAACCAGUUGAAAAUGGAGGUGGAGUUUUCCUCUAAAGAUUUAGCUGCAAAACGGGUUUUAGGGAUUUUGGAGAAUGAAUACACCAUCAGUGUUAACGCGCCUGAUAUGCCAGCAGGAGAGAUGUCACUCACUCUGCAUGGCAACGACUCACCAGUCUGUUUGAGGCCUGUAACAUACUACACAGUCAUGGGAGAAGUCAGCAGUUACCUUGAACUUGCAGCUGCUCCCAUGGACUUUAUGUGUCAGGCAUUCAAUAUCACAUCCAAUACCACAGAGUCACUUGACAAUAUGCUGACAGACUCGUUAAAAGGCAGGAUUCCUGCAAGUGGACUUCAUGUGUUUGGAAUCAGACAGAUCGAGGAAGACAAUAUGGCUGCAUGUCAGCGAAAGCAGGAGCUUCCCACUCUGCUUCAUUUUGCUGCAAAGUAUGGGCUGAAGAAGCUUACCACAGUCCUGCUACAGUGUCCAGGUGCCUUACAGGCCUACAGCGUAAUGAAUAAGAAUGGAGACUACCCAAAUACACUGGCAGAGAGGAGCGGUUUCUCUGACUUGAGACAGUUCAUGGACGACUUUGUGGAGACGGCUGACAUGCUGAAGUCUCAUAUCAAAGAAUCCAUCUCGGCUAAAGAAGAUGAUGUGUACGAGUCCACGUCCAUCUCCUCUCGAGAUAUCAUCAUGAAGUAUUCCCUGAACCCCGGGUGCCAAGAAGACAUCUAUGAGUCCAUGAUGGGGUUAAGCCCAGACUACAUGGAAGACCUAUAUGAGGACAUGGAGAAGGCAUUAGGAGAGUCGCAUAACCCAGAGGAAAUCAUACUUAGAAAGUUUUUUCAAGGGAAACCUGAUGCAGGUGUGGCCCAAGUUGGGGAGCAUACAACUAAUGAAGAGGUGGGAGACCAGGUGGAAGAACCAGAGGGGUUUGAGGAGGAAGACCCUUACAACAUGUUUGUUCAAGAUCAAAUCUAUGACACGGUGGAUGAGAAUGCGAGCUAUAUCCCAGAAAUGUUCAACCGUCCACCAGCCCCAAUUCCGAGACCUGUAACAUUUUCAGAGUCUGAGAAGUCCAAGACCUACAUCUCAAGAGUGUUUUCGGGAAAAGAAGAAUCAAAUCCACAGAGGGACCUCAGAGAAACCCAGUCAAACACAGUGAGGCCUGUGAGAGACAGAGCCGCCACCUCCUCUUCCCACGACCCCUACGCUGGAAUGAAGACCCCAGGCCAGAGGCAGCUCAUAGCCUUGCAGGAGAAAGUGAAGGUGGGGGUCCUGAGUGUGGAUGAUGCUGUGCAGGAAUUCAAGAUCUGGCAGUUUGACCAGGAUAGGAGAUCUCAGUCUCUGCGCUAUCAACAGGAAAAUCUAAAAAGAUUACGAGACAGCAUUGCCAGACGCCAUAAAGAGAGGGAGAAGAUUGGGAAGGAGAUCGAUCUAGAGAUAAGCGCCCCACUGCAGAGGAACCUUCACUGGGGUUCCAACAUGGCUGUGGAGUGUUCUGUGUACGAGCCCGCCCCACAGGUCAUGACCCAGACCCCUCCUGUGGCCCGGCCAAUCCAGAGAAGCACCUGGAAAACUGGCAGUACCUCCAGCACAUCCAGUAGUGGCAGUAACAGACUCAGCACACAUAGUAACAUUAGCUACAGCAGUGGAACUGAGCCCGAGUUUGAGGACACAGUAGACAUCCUCCCAAUUCCACCACGAAUCGCUGAGGCCGCAUCUCUACUUCCUCCCCCCAGAAUCCCUCCACGACUCCCAGACCGGGCUCCAGAGAGUUUGUUGCAGGAGCGUUACAUAUCAUGCCCCUCUCGAGCACUUCCUAAGAGACCAUCUCAGAGGACCACCUCUCCCCCUCCCAUACCCCGGAGAACAUAGUGACACACAUCUCUGCUGUUUUAUCAUUUUGAAUGUCUGCCCUCUAAAAUGUAUAUUAAUAUCUAAUCAGGCAGCAUUAUUUAUAUUAGGUUUUAUUUUGCCUCCAAGUUUUCAGAGCAAAAACUAUAUACAUACACUACCAGUCAAAAGUUUGGACACACCUACUCAUUCAAGGG